UGUUAAAAAAAAACAGUACAGGAAAUAGAAAAAAAAAUAUAUAUACAUAUAUAUUUAAUAAAGCAAAAACUUAUAAUAAUAAUAGUUAAAAAAAAAACAAUCUAACCUAACCCCAUAACCCCCACACCCACAAUUUCUGAAACGGUAAAAAAAAAGCAAUUCUUUUCUCUCUGUGCUCGUUGCUUUCUUCCUUCUCCUAUGCGCAGCUUUGGUUCUUUUCUCUUCUCUUCAAUUUUUCUUUCUUCUUCAAAGGAAACAAAAUACUACACAAUACCCCCACCAUCAAAUAGACGUUGGUGAAGAGAAAUUAUCUUGCAAGUGGAAAAGAUGUUGGGCAUGGUUUUGGGAGAUAGGGUUUGUGCUAAAGAAUGAGAAGAGUACCCACCGCUUCACGAUUACUCAGUCGGGUUAUUGAGAUCUGCCGGUUAGUGGUUCGUUUGGUUGUCGCGCAGUUGUGGAGAGCAAUCGUGUUGGUUCUUCGUAACUAUUUUCAGGCAACUAAGUAGCAGACUGUUGUCAAGUUCAGAUCAUUCGGCUCGUUUUGUUUAUAGGCCUCAUUUGGCAGGUGGUCAUAUUUGUGUCUUUGUUGCUCUUUGCUAUUCUGCAGCUAUAGGGGAGUCUUGGGGAAUUCAGUUUGAGUUAUUAUGUAUUGUUUUAAUUUAAGAAUUUGCACUUUAGUGCUGGAUUUGGAAUUCGUGUAUUCUUGGAGUUCUAGACAUGAUAAACCUCAAUUGAUAUAUUUUAUUAUUUUGGAGAUAUUGAUACUACAGGAAAGAUUCUUUUUGUAAAUUAUAGUAAACAUGUAUAAUUUUGGAAAAUCAUUUUGGGAAGAGGGUUUUGGUUAAAUAGGCUUGCCAGGCUAAGAUGAUAGUCUGUGCGCCGGUCACGGCUUAGGAUUUUGGGUCGUGACAAAGUUGGUAUCAGAGCUUUGGUUGUAGGUCCUAAUAGCUGUAGACAUGAGGUAGUGAUAGAAUCUUUCUAGUAAAUUGUGAACCGCGGCACAACUUACUUCAAAGAUGCUAUUAACGCCUCAUGAGAGUCUUAACGUUGUUUCCAAGUGUGAUUUGAGUUCGUUCCUCAAUUCACCAAAAAAUCUGAGUCAUGUCUUAUAUUCGAUGAAUAUUCUUUGUUCAGUGAGGAUACCACCUAAAUUCGAUUUCUAUUAGAGGAUGUGUCAGCUUAUGAAGAUCCUCUUUGAGGAGAUUGUGGUCGGUGUUGUAGUUUACGCCAAGGACCAUCGCCGAUACGAGCUUGUUGCUCCCUGUUGUAGCUAAUGUUAACGUGCUUAUAUUGCGGUAAUGACAUUCAAGGAUGGUAGAGCUUACAAUUGGUAUGAAAUGAAAGAAUCAUAACAUGACUUGCAAUAACACGUUGGACUGGUUGUUGGGCAGCAACAACAUAACCCACGUAUGACAAUUUAUGAGUUUCAGCAAGAUGCUAGGCAUAAGAGAGCAACAAAAUGUAGGUGUCACUAGAAAGAUUCAGGUCACACUAAGUUGGUUGCAUGAGGCUUAAAUUCUCCUAAUUUUCUAGUACUUAUGCACAUGGGGAGCAAGUGAGGAUUAAUGGUGCUUUAUGGAAACUAUAGAGAGCAAUUUGGAUGCACACACGUUAGAGAGGUGGAGUUAACAUCAUUCUAGUUAGAUGGUGUAGUAUAUGAUUGGUUUUGUGACUUUGUGCACACAAUAACGACGAGAUCACCUCUAAUAUCAUAGGACAAAUUUUGACAUUUAUAAAUCGUUUGAUACGAGAGUUAGAAAUGGUUUGACUCAUGUGUUUGAAUUGCUGGAACAGGAUAAAGUCAAUGACACUAGGGAGUGGUUCUAGUGUCCAGGCUUCAAACUUUGUGCAAAGUCAUAUAUUAAGUUAUGAAGGGAAUUCACGCACCAUUACUUCCUCAAAUGCAUUUAUGUGCGAGAUUUAUAUCAGAUUCUAUUUCUCAAAAGCUUCAUCUUGUAGCUUGCUUGUGAUUUAGUAGGGUUUGAUGUUAGUGACAAGUUACAUACUAGGAGGAAUUGACAUAUGGUUGUGGUGCAAGCUAUGAGUUAUUUUGGCCAAGAUAAGUGAGUACCAGGAUUUGGUGGUUGAGGUUAAUGACUGGCAAGGGAGUCAAGCUUGAGUCUUUGCUUUGAAUCGUCAUGAUUCUCAAGAAUCCAUUGUAGUGGUUACAAGUCCGCUUUCUAUAUGUUAUUGAGAUGUUCAUGUUUUGUUUGAUCCUAAAGCUGUAUACUCCAUUUUACCAUUUUUAGUAUGCUUCUGAAGUUGGAAAAUUUUCUCUUUCCUUAAAUAAUAUGUUGGUUAUGGGCUCGUGGCUACACCUCUUAGAGAGUUUUCUAUAGUAAAGUUGUGCACCAUUAUUUUUAAGAUAUCCAUUGGAAAUCGAUUGAGAGUUGUUGUUAGUCGUUAUAGCUUAAGACAUAAUUGAUUUUAGUGUGAUCUUUGGAUAUAGAUUGGAUAAUCUUUUGUCAACGAUACUUUGGAUUGUCAUAAAUAAGGUAGUGAGAUUUAAGGCACAAGGAGAGUCAUUUUUCUCAUUUUCGGGAGUGAAGUUGGACACCUCAUAAUCCAGUUUCAGUAUUGAAAGUUAACAAGUUACUAAGGAAGAGUUGUAGGUAAUAAUUGCUCUAGGUAAAGAUACUCAAUUAGAAAAAAUUGAAACUAUAAGAGAUUUUGUGGUGGGUGUUUUGCAGAAUGUAUUCCCAAGAAAAUUUCUUGGUGUACCUUCCAAUAAGGGGAUAGAGUUUUCCAUAUACUUAGUUUCUGAACCAGAUUUAUUGUGAAGAAUAGAGUCAAGACCAUAGUUAUGUGUUGACUACAGGCAGUUGGAGAAUAUGAUGGUAUUAAAAAAAAAAGGGAGACUUAGUGAUCUAGGUACCAUAAAUGGAAAAUUAAGAAAGAAAGAAUUUUGAAGACCACUUACAGCACAUGUUGUGACUGUAAUGGGUUGUUGGUCAUGCCUUUGGACUUAGUGACACCACUGCUGAUUUAAGAAUUCAGUGAACCAUAUCUUUGAAUCCUUCUUUGAGCAUUUUAUGAUUGUGUUUAUUAAUGAUAUUCUUAGUUAUACUGAGGAUAAAGAAGAGUUCUAGAAGCUUGUUGAUAGUGGAGUUCCAUUUGGGGCUUGCCCAUUUCAACUUAAUGUUGAGUGUUGACUUACAUGCAAAUUCUUUUUACUCUAGUAGAUGUUGGAAAAACUCAAGGUUAAGAAUUGAAGAGGAUUUUGAUGGAGAUGAUGUUAGUGGUCCACCCAGAAAACAAUUUUAACACUUAUAGUUUUGGUGGAAAGAAGAAGCUUUUGCUGUAAAAAAAAAAAAAGAAAAACACCCUGGUUGGAAAAAAAGAGAGAGAGAUUUCUGAGUUUUCUAAUUUACUGGUUAGAAGCUUUGGCAAAUUGAUCACAGUCAUCUUCCUAUUGCUUCAUGUGAUAAUCCUAGGCAAUCAUGUAGUCCAUAAUUUCCUAAUUAUUGUAUGGUUACUUGGUGCAACAGUGACCAUUACAUCAGGUAGUUGCCUGAAGGAUUCUAAGCCCUUUUAUUCAUUAGUUCCAGUAACACUUAAAUAUACUGUAUGAUAGCCUUUCAGUUAAAAAAAAAAAUUGCAAAGGGUGAAGAUGGAAGAGGAUGUUUAAAGUGAUAAGAUUUUAUAGUUUUCAUUAGACUUUGUUGACAUUUAGUGAUUUGAAUGAUAAAUAGGUGUGCCUAAUGUAGAUAGUUUGAGGAAGAAAUAUUAGAGGAGACUCAUCGUUCUUCAUACACCAUACACAUGAAUUCCAUAAAUGAUUCAAUACUUGAAAGCACAUUUAUUGGUGGGAAGGAAUAAAAUAAAAUAAAAACGUAGUGGAAUUUGUUUCUAAAUGGUAUGUCAAGGAGGUAAGGAUAAGCACUAAAACCCAGUAGAGGUGCUUCAAUCUAUUGAGAUGAGUGAAAGUGGAUAGGUAUUGCUAUGAAUUUCAUGAUAGAUUUUCCUAGGACAUCAAGGGGUUAUGGUUCCUUAGGUGUGAUUAUAGAUUGAUUGUCAAAGUUGGCACACUUCUUGCCUGUGAGAGUACCUACACUGGAGCUGCGUAUACUAAGCUAUACUUGGAUAAGUGUGAUUAUUUACUUGCUGUACAUGUGUCUACAAUUAUUGGAAAGCUCAAUUCAUUUCACAAUUUUGGAAGUCUUCCUUGAAUUGCUUUGAUGACUCGCUUGAAUUUAAAUAUUGUUUAUAUCUUGAGCUAAUGCUCAUACAAGCAUGAGAGAGACUAUUAAGAUCUUAGAGGAUAUGCUUUGGGUUUGUGUUCUACAACAAAGAGGGAGUUCAAAGCAGUAGUUGUCUUUGUUUGAAUUUGCUUAUAAUAACAAUUGUCAAUCUAGCAUUUGGAUGACACUAUUUGAGGUUUGGUAUGGUAAGUGAUGCAGGUUACCAAAUAGGUUGGUUUGAAAUUGAAUAAGCUAAACUUUUAGGCACGAAAUUUUCCAUGAUAUAUAAUUAGAUGAGCAUUUACCUUAUGGAACAUCCAGUAGCCUUGGUUGAUAUGAGGGUGAAGUGUAUGCAUUCUAAGAGAAUUGAUUCAGUGAAAGUUCUUUGGUUAGAACCACCUGGUGAGGUGAAGAGAAAUCUUGGGAACGUGGAGUAACCAGUAUCUCUCGCUAUUGGAAACUUAAAAGUUAGCUAAAACUAUAAAAUUCGAGGACGAAUUUUUCUAAGGGGGGAAGAUUGAAACAUCCUGUUAAAAAAAAACGGUACAGGAAAUAGAAAAAAAAUAUAUAUAUACAUAUAUAUUUAAUAAAGCAAAAACUUAUAAUAAUAAUAGUUAAAAAAAAAACAAUCUAACCUAACCCCAUAACCCACGCAGCCCCACACCCACAAUUUCUGAAACGGUAAAAAAAAGCAAUUCUUUUCUCUCUGUGCUCGUUGCUUUCUUCCUUCUCCUGUGCACAGCUUUGGUUCUUUUCUCUUCUCUUCAAUUUUUCUUUCUUCUUCAAAGGAAACAAAAUACUACACAAUACCCCCACCAUCAAAUAGACGUUGGUGAAGAGAAAUUAUCUUGCAAGUGGAAAAGAUGUUGGGCAUGGUUUUGGGAGAUAGGGUUUGUGCUAAAGAAUGAGAAGAGUACCCACCGCUUCACGAUUACUCAUUCGGGUUAUUGAGGUAUAUCUAUCACUUAUAGAUUUAAAGAAUGAUAUUAUAGUAUAUGUUAGACUUGAGUAGGAUUAUUUUAGGGGUUUGGGUACAUAAUUGGGGAUUUCAUAGUUGCUCACGGGUAGUACGACAUAAGAUAAUUGUUGCUGAAGGUUUGAAGUUGAUUUUUGGUGUUCAGAUCUGCCGGUUAGUGGUUCGUUUGGUUGUCGCGCAGUUGUGGAGAGCAAUCGUGUUGGUUCUUCGUAACUAUUGUUUGGUAGAUUUCUCUCUACCAAAUUGCAAUUAUACAUUGGGGAGUUGGAAGGACUUUCCGGAAAGACAGUUCUACUUGUGACUCAUCAAGUUGACUUCCUUCCAGCAUUUGAUUCUGUUUUGUUGAUGUCAGGUGGAAAAUCCCUACAAGCUGCUCCUUAUCACCAUCUAUUGACCUCAAGCCAAGGAUUUCAGGAUCUAGUCAAUGCUCACAAAGAAACUGCUGGUUCUGACCGGCUUGUAGAUGUUACUUCUUCCCAGAGACCUUCAAAUUCUGGUAGAGAGAUUAUAAAAUCUUCCAAACAGAAGCAGUUUAAAGCAUUAAAUGGUGACCAACUAAUCAAGCAAGAAGAGAGAGAAAGAGGAGACACAGGAUUCAAGCCUUAUUUACAGUAUUUUAAUCAGAGUAGAGGUUACAUAUACUUUUCUGGGAGUUGUCUUUCUUUCCUCAUGUUUGUGAUUUGCCAGAUAAUUCAAAACUCAUGGAUGGCUUCUAAUGUUGACAAUUCUCAUGUCAGCACGUUGCAAUUGAUUCUAGUUUACUUGCUGAUUGGAGUUGGCUCCACAAUUUUCUUAAUGACUAGAGUUUUUCUUUCUGUUGCUUUGGGUGUUCAAUCAUCAAAAUCGCUAUUUUCACAGUUAAUGAACUCCCUUUUUCGUGCACCAAUGUCUUUUUAUGACUCUACACCAUUGGGAAGGAUACUUAGUCGGGUCUCAGCAGAUCUUAGCAUUGUGGAUCUUGAUCUCCCACUUAACCUCUCUUAUGCUGUGGGCGGUAUUAUAAGCUAUUAUGCUGAUCUUAUAGUUUUAACAGCAACCACUUGGCAACUCUUGUUUAUCUCGAUACCUAUGGUUUAUAUUGUUAUGCGCUUGCAGAGAUACUACUAUCCAUGUGCUAAAGAAUUUAUGCGGAUGGAAGGCACAACAAAAUCCUCUGUAGCUAAUCAUGUAGCCGAAACUGUUGCUGGAUCUAUGACAAUAAGGGCAUUUGAGGAAGAAGAUCGUUUUUUCAGGAAUAAUCUUGAUCUAAUUGAUGCCAAUGCUAGUCCUUUCUUCCAUAUUUUUUCCUCCAAUGAAUGGUUGAUACAACGGUCAGAAACAGUCUACGCAAUUGUUCUCGCUGCCACGGCACUUUGCAUGGUAAUGCUUCCACAUGGGACUUUAACUUCUGGAUUUAUUGGUAUGGCUCUAUCUUAUGGCCUUUCACUAAACUCUAACUUAGUAUUUUCUAUUCAAAGUCACUGCAUUCUUGCAAAUUACAUAGUAUCCGUAGAGAGGCUAAAUCAAUACAUGCAUAUACCAAGUGAGGCCCAAGAAGUUAUAAAAGAAAAUCGUCCUCCAGUUAAUUGGCCAGAUGCUGGCAAAGUCGAAAUACAGGAUUUGCAGAUACGAUACAGGCCUGGGGGGCCACUUGUACUACAUGGUAUCACAUGCACAUUUGAAGGAGGGCACAAGAUUGGUAUUGUUGGUAGCACAGGUAGUGGAAAAUCCACAUUAAUAGGUGCUUUAUUUCGUCUUGUGGAGCCAUCUGGAGGAAAAAUUAUAGUUGAUGGCAUAGACAUUUGUUCUAUUGGCCUUCAUGAUUUGAGAUCAAGUAUUGGAAUUAUACCUCAGGAUCCCACCCUUUUCAUUGGAACAGUUAGAUAUAAUUUGGACCCCUUAUCUCAACACUCAGAUCAAGAAAUAUGGGAGGUUCUUGGAAAGUGUCAGUUGCAAGAACCUGUCCAGGAAAAAGGUGGCUUAGACUCUUCAGUUGUUGAAGAUGGAUCAAAUUGGAGCACUGGACAAAGGCAAUUAUUCUGUUUGGGGCGUGCUCUUUUGAGGAGAAGUAAAAUUUUGGUGCUGGAUGAAGCAACUGCAUCAAUUGAUAAUGCAACUGAUUUGAUUCUGCAGAAAACCAUCAAGACUGAAUUUGCUGAUUGUACAGUAAUCACUGUAGCCCACAGGAUACCAACCGUGAUGAAUUGCACUAUGGUUCUUGCCAUCAAUGAGGGAAAGCUAGCAGAGUAUGAUGAGCCUAUGGAGUUGAUGAAGAGAGAAAAAUCAUUGUUUAGGCAACUUGUUAAGGAAUACUGGUCUCAUUUUCAGUCUGCAGAAUCACAUUGGAAGAUGUGAAUUUUUUUGUGCUAGCAUUAUUCUCUGCUUUUGUUAUUAGCUAAGAGCAAUGAAAGCCAAUAAAAUGAAUGAUUAAAAGUUGAAUGUAACAUAUUGAGCCCAUCUUAAUGUUAAAAAUAAGCUUUAGUUGC